UAGUAAAAAUAGAACUUUUAACACAAACGGACUAAAAAGUAAUCGAUUUUGGUAAGGAAACUAUGGACUUUUAACGAGAUAAAAGUGACAAUUGAAGUGAUUCGAUCGAAGUGCGUUAUCUCUGAUAAAUUUUCUAAGGAUCUAAAGAAACACAAUUAACAGAUCAAGACGAGGAUGAUGUACAUUAAAAUGAAACAAAGAUGGAAAGUCACUCUAUUCCUAGGAUUGUGUUUUUGUCUAUCGUGUCUUUAUAUCACCACAAACACUACAUCUUACCAAACGAAACCGGAUACUGAAACUUAUGUGCUUACUAACUUAGAGGUCCAACAUAGUGACGUCAAACUUAAAGAUGAUAGGAAACAGGCGUGCGUCCAUCCUACACUGUCAAAAUGGAAGGAAUUUGACCAGAGUUUAAUAAAGACAAAUGAAGUUGCAAAUUGCGGAAUGGAAGAGGAAUGGAUUUACACCGGAAAUGGAAAGUUCUAUAUUUCCGCGUCGGUAGUUAAACGUCACGGAGAGAUAAAUUGUACGUAUACACCGAUUGGUAAUUCAAAUGAUAAUUUUAAACGUUUAAAACCUGUUUAUCCAAUGCUUAACAACACCGAUCUAAUGACUGAUGCAUUUGAAGUGCUGUGUAAAGCUAAUGAUGGAAAAAUAUAUUCAAACAUUCAUGCAUGUAUCUCACGAAAACCUAGUCCCAAAUCCAGCAAGACUACGUCAUCGGAGACCGAUAGAUAUAAUGUCAUCAUUCUCGGAUUAGAUUCUUUAUCUCGUCUGAUGUUUCAACGAGUUUUGCCGAAAACUCACGAAUAUUUUACGGGUUUUCUAGGCGGCUCCCUACUUGAAGGUUACAAUGCUGUGGGAGAUGGAACCACGUUUGCCAUGAUGCCAAUGCUCUCUGGGAAGCGAGAAAUAGAAAUACCGGAAGUACGGCGUGGGUAUCCUGGUGCCAAACCUGUGGAUCAAUACUUAGAUUUUAUAUGGAAAAAGUAUGAAAGAAAAUCGUAUUUUACUCAAUGGGCGGAAGACUGGACGCGUCUAGGUGCUUUUCAUUACAGGUUGCUAGGAUUCAAGGACCAGCCAGUUACUCAUUAUAUGCGACCAUUUUACCUUGCUGUCAAGCCAUACGAACGCAAGGGUCAAUGCAUAGGUCAAAGGUCAAGCUAUAAAGUAUACCUAGACUGGUUUAGAGAAGCAAUUGAAACACACAAGGGGGAGAAUUUUUUUACAGUAGGGUUCUCUGCUAAUUACACUCAUGCUGGGUAUAAUCAGAUGGCGUCCGUCGAUAAAUAUACUACCGAUUUUCUGAAAUAUCUUCACGACGACGGAAAACUUGACAAUACAUUUGUCAUCUUGAUGAGUGAUCAUGGCCAGCGUUUCGGAAAAUUUCGAAUGACGGAACAAGGCAAAUUAGAAGAAAGACUGCCGUAUUUUGGACUUUUCGUCCCUCCAAAAUAUCGUGCAAAAUUUCCGGAGAAGUAUAAAACUUUCCAAGAAAAUACAAAAAGACUGACCGUGCCAUCGGACGUUCAUGAGACUCUUUUGGAAAUAAUUGGUGAAAAAGGUGAUCAUUCAAAAUUAAAUAGAUCGGUUUAUUCAUUGUUUUCUCCAAUACCUUUAGAGCGGACUUGUGCAGACGCUAAAAUAGAAGCGCAUUGGUGCGCAUGUCAAAAAUCAGAAACUAUUUCCGUUUCCGACCCAAAGUUAGUCCGAAGUUUACAAAAAGUGUUGUCUUAUUUUAAUAGCUUAUUGCAAGACCAUUUAUCGUUAUGCCACGAGCUUUCCAUUAAAAAAAUCAUCAGAGCGGUUUCUUUACAAACCGACGACAAGGUGCUAAAAUUCAAAAGCAGUUGGAACCGUAUUGCAGUCUUCAAUGACAAAGUGUCCACAAAGAAACUUAUUCAAUACCAGGUGACAUUUGAAACUGCUCCGGGUUCUGGCGUGUUUGAAGUAUCGUAUGCCAUGAAUACGGAAACUGACGUAAUAGAUAUUGACGUUGGGAGUAUAAGUAGACUUAAUCGAUAUAAUGACGCCCCUAGAUGUAUUGAACAAUCUUAUCCAGGUCUUCGUAUAUUUUGUUUUUGUCGGACAUAAGUCACAUGUAGUGUUGAAGUUGAUUUGAAGUUCAGAUGAUGUCAUCCGAAAACGGAAUGUUUGCUUAAAUCUUGGUGCAAAAAGGAUUCACGUGUUUGAGAUCCUUCAAAGUUUAGUAAAAUGUAUUAGAUACAUAUGUGAAUACAGAAUAAGUACAAGUUUCAAAAACUGAGCUCAGACAACAAUUGUAGUAACUUUCAUUUAAGUUUUAGAAAACUUAACAUUAUUGUUUGUAAAUAUGUUUUGAAAUUAUUCUUUACCUGUUUAUAUAUACAUCAACAAUUCAUAUAAAAUUGAAAUAAAUUG